CAUGUAUAAAGGUAGCCGUGGUCCACAGCAUUGCUGUGAGGAUUGUUCCAGGUCACUCCUUCCUAAUUGAUAAAAUGUCUCUCUUCUCAUCGUGGAUCAAAGCUAUUUUCAUCAUUGCCUUGGCAUUUCCUCUUCAUUCUGAAACUUCUUUGGCACCUAUGCCAGAAGCCAGAAGUAUGCCACAAUGUGGACCAUAUUCAGAUGAGCAAGAUUAUUGCACCAGAGAAUGGGAUCCAAUCUGUGCGAACAAUGGAAAAACUUAUGGAAAUACAUGUGCUUUCUGCAGGGAAAAGAAGAAAAAUGGUGACGAAUUUGAUUUUGUGCAUUUUGGUUACUGUUGAAUAUUGAUCACACUGUAGCUUUCAUUGUCAUCACAUUUUGUGAUACAUUCCACAGCCAUUUAGAAUAUUCUCAAUCAGAGCCUUCAAUUCAUAGGUGACCAGGUACAUCCUAUGAACAGAAGAUGAAAUACAGAGCAUUUAAACUUUUUUCCAACUCUACAUUCCUGUCAUUUCAGGAUUUUUAAUUCUCUAUGCUCAAUUAUUCAAUGAUAAUUUGAAAAACUAAUGUCUUAAUUGCAUGUUUGAUAGCAUAAAAAGUAGCAUAAUUUAAAAAAAUAAAUGUUU